CAAAGUAGUCUCUGCCUCGCCUUUCUACGUGUAUUUUGGGUCCAGAGUCUAAAGAAAAGAUAAUAGGGAAAAAACCCCAUACGGGAGACGGCCAAACUCUGGGAACUCUCACUACAACAACAUUAAACAACAAAAAGCGAAGAAAAAUAAUAUUUGUCCGAAAACGAUCAUGGAGAAGAUAGAGCAUACCAUGGUGACCACCAACGGCAUAAAUAUGCACGUGGCAUCGGUCGGUUCGGGUCCGGUAAUCCUUUUCUUGCACGGCUUCCCCGAGCUCUGGUACUCCUGGCGGCACCAGCUUCUGUCGCUCUCUUCCCUUGGGUACCGUUGCGUGGCUCCCGAUCUUCGUGGGUUCGGUGACACCGACGCGCCUCCCUCGGCGGCUUCGUACACUGUUUUCCACAUCGUGGGGGAUCUCGUGGGCCUCCUUGACGCGCUGGGUGUCGACAGUGUGUUUUUGGUGGGGCAUGAUUGGGGUGCGGUUAUUGCUUGGUACUUUUGCCACUUCAGGCCUGACAGAGUCAAGGCUUUGGUCAACAUGAGCGUGGCGUAUCGGCCUAGGCACCGCAGCAUGAAGCCCGUGGAAGGAUUCAGGGCUUUGUUUGGUGACGAUUACUAUAUUUGCAGGUUUCAGGAACCUGGGGAGAUUGAAGAAGACUUUGCUCAGAUGGAUACUGCAAAAAUUAUGAAGAUAUUCCUUACAUCUCGCAAUCCACGUCCGCCUUGUAUACCUAAAGAAAUAGGGUUCAGAGGGUAUCCCGAUCCUCCACCCUUACCCUCUUGGCUUUCAGAAGAAGACAUAAAUUACUUUGCUAGCAAAUUUAAUGAGAAGGGAUUCACUGGAGGACUGAACUAUUAUCGAGCUUUGGAUCUAAGCUGGGAACUGAUGGCACCAUGGACUGGAUUACAAAUCAAAGUACCAGUUAAAUUCAUUGUGGGUGACCUGGACAUUACCUACCACAUCCCUGGUGCCAAGGAAUAUAUACACAAUGGCGGCUUCAAGAAAGAUGUGCCCUUCUUGCAGGAAGUAGUUGUCAUGGAAGGAGUAGCCCACUUUAUCAACCAAGAAAAAUCUGAGGAGAUUAGCAAGCACAUUUAUGACUUCAUCAAGAAAUUCUGAUUCUUGUCUUCUUUAGUAUGCGGCUUCCCUUGAAUUUCUGGCUCUAAAAUAAGGUCUUAAGAUGUUGCAAUGCAUCUAGGGAAACCAUGGAGAAUACAGAGUCUGUGAUAAGGGUCAGACUAAGGGGUCGAAGCUAGUCUGUCCAUUCAGUGUUUCAGUUCAUUUGUCUAACGAACCCAAGCUUUAGUGAACUUCAUAAAGCAACUUAUUUCCAAUUGAGAUACUCCAUUUAAUAUUACAAAGUAAAAUGUGACUUAGCUUAACAGUUUA